GCCGAACAAUACAUGACAAAAAGCGGUGUAGCCGUCGAGGGGUUUAAAAUGAUCACACAUGUUCGCUAUAACCAGUCCCCAUCUCAAGGACUGAAACAUCGGCCAGGGGUUACUGCAAUCAUACCAAAAUCAAUAAAGCUCGGCGUUCUCGCUAUUCUGUCGCUGUUUUUGAUCAUCAGUCAUCCGCCCAACGCCAAUAUUUGGCCCUUCAAGACUCUCGAGCAAAAUCCCGAUACCGACGGUGCGUCGCAGGGCAAAUAUUCCCCUGGGCAGCUGGGGGCUGUUGCUAGUGAGAGCUCCAUCUGCUCUCAACAUGGAGUGGAUAUAUUGAAGAUGGGCGGUAAUGCCGCAGAUGUUUUAGUUGCGAGCGAGCUUUGUGUUGGUGUAGUUGCCAUGUACCAUAGUGGGAUCGGCGGAGGUGGGAUCAUGCUAGUCAGGGCACCGAACAGUAGCUACGAGGUUAUUGAUUUCAGAGAGACUGCUCCGGCUGCAGCGUUCAAGGAUAUGUAUGAACAUAACAAAAAUGCAUCGCUCUAUGGUGGCCUGGCCAGCGGAGUACCCGGUGAGAUUCGAGGUCUUGAAUACCUUCACAGCAAGUAUGGUGUUCUUCCUUGGUCGACUGUCGUACAACCAGCUGUUCAAACAGCCCGUCAAGGGUUUCCUGUCGGAGAGGAUCUUAUCAGAUAUAUGAAUCAUGCCACUGGCGACGAGGAUUUCUUUACCAAGAACCCUACAUGGGCGAUUGACUUUGCUCCAGGUGGAACACGACUGAAGCUGGGUGACACAAUGACUCGGCACCGAUAUGCGGAUACUCUGGAAGCCAUUGCCAAGUCCGGCCCCAGAGCAUUCUACUCGGGGCACAUCGCAGAGACAAUGAUCAACGCUCUACAGAAUGAGAACGGUACAAUGACGCUUGAAGAUCUAGAAAGCUACACCGUGGCUAUUCGGAAUAUCUCACAGAUCGAUUAUCGUGGGUAUAAGGUCACAAGCACAUCGGCUCCUUCUAGCGGAGUUAUCGCUUUGUUUAUUCUUAAAAUUCUAGAGACAUAUAAGGGUCUCUUCGCGACGGAACAUUCUGUGAACCUAAGUACUCAUCGUAUGAAUGAGGCGAUGCGAUUUGGAUAUGGUAGAAGAACUUAUCUCGGUGAUCCGUCAUUUAUUGAUAAUAUGGCUACGUAUGAAUCACAGACACUAGGCCAAUCUAUGAUCGAUGCCACUCGAUCUAAGAUCUCGGAUCACCGAACUCAGAAUAUAUCGGCUUAUGACCCAGCCGGAUUAGAAAGUUUGGAGACGCCUGGAACCUCACAUAUUGUAGCACUUGACAACACUGGCCUUGCAAUUUCUUCAAUUUCUACCAUCAACCAGGUCUUUGGUGCUUAUGUUAUGGUCCCAGAGACUGGUAUUAUUAUGAACAAUCAAAUGAAUGACUUUUCUAUUCCUGGAUCAUCGGAUCUGUUUGGAUAUAUUCCCUCCAAGACAAAUUACAUCUUUCCUGGAAAGCGUGCACUUUCUUCUAUUACACCAGUGAUAGUAGAACGACCCAACGGUACACUGCUUUUGGUCACCGGAUCCGCAGGUGGCAGUCGUAUCAUUACUGCCACUGUUCAAAAUGUUAUCCAUUCGAUUGACCAAGGACUCUCAGCUGCCGACGCACUGGCUAAACCGCGUUUGCAUGAUCAGCUGGUGCCAAACCAGGUCACCUUCGAGCACAGCUAUGACAACGAUACCGUUGGCUUCAUGAAAAGUCUUGGCCAUGAAGUUACUUGGGUUGCACCUGGACAAAGUAAUGCUCAACUCGUUAGAGUAUUACCCAAUGGAACCUUUGAUGCUGCCGGUGAGCCGAGACAAGUCAAUUCGGCUGGAUACUCUAUAUAG